UGCGGACGAUCUGGCCGAAUGUUUCACGCAUUUCAACCCUAGCAAUAAAGCCACAAAAAAAAGUUGUUGCGAGAAGUCGCCGGGAAAAUUAAUAUACAGAAAUUGUAUAAAACUGAGGUUAAUCUUAGUUUGUGUACGGGAAUGAUAUAAUUCCUAGAAGUACCCAGUCUUUAGUAAAAGGCAACUAACGAGCUUAAAAUGUCAAAUGGUGGGGGUGGCGGCGGCGUCUCUGCAGGCGAUUGGAUUUGCCCAGAUUACGACUGUCGCCAUCUAAACUUUGCACGCCGCACGCAGUGUAAUAAAUGCAAUCGCAGCCGAGAGCGGGAGAGCAACAGCAGCGAGAAGCCAGACCGGGGCAACGGGAGCAGCAGCAGCAGUUCAAGUUCAAGCAAAAAGAAGCUGGGUACAGAAAUUGGGAAGGCUGCGGCAGAGAAAUCGCGUGGACUCUUUAGCGCCGAGGACUGGCAGUGCAGCAAGUGCGCCAAUGUGAAUUGGGCACGAAGGCAGACCUGUAACAUGUGUAAUGCCCCGAAGUUCUCAGAUGUGGAGGAACGCACAGGCUUUGGUGGUGGCUACAAUGAUCGUGGAGUUGUGGAGUACAAGGAUCGUGAGGAUUCUGAUAGCGAAUACGAUGAAUUUGGACGUCGUAAAAAACGCAAGGCUAACGAACGGGAAGGUGAACGUCACGACGGAUCAGAUAAGGACGAUGCUAAGAGAGCUAGAAGGAGCCAUGCCAAUGAAGGAGGCGAUGACGAUGAAGAUGAAGAAGAAGACGAAGACGGUGACUUAUCUAAGUACGAUCUUUGGGGCGACAGCGAAGUCACUUCUACCGAAGCCAGGAGCAAGGAGAGCGAGAAUGCCAACAAGAGCAAUAAUACCAGCAAGGAAAAAACUGCAGCGGGACCUAGCAGUAAGCGAUUAUCGCGUGACUCUACUUCGUCCCUUUCGUCGUCAUCCUCAUCCAGUUCUUCUAGUUCGAGCGACUCAUCGACAUCAUCAACGUCCAGCAGCAGCACGAGCAGCAGCGGCUCUAACCGAAACCGUGGCUCAAAAUUAAGCAUAAGGUCCAGAUCAGGAUCCCGAUCGCUAGAUGGAGGAGGCAGGCGUUAGACGUCCACAUCAUUUUCUCAUGGAUUUCAUGCUGUCGUCUUGUUUUAUAUGGGAAUCUGCCGUUAAUUUAUUUUUCUAAGUCUGAAUCACUCCAACUAUGACAUGUAUUGAAGUCCAAUGUACUCUUUAAAAAUAAAUUCAUUUAAGUACUUUA